UUAAUCCCGAGACCUCGCGCAGAAAACCAACCAACCGAUAUGCGAUUGAUAAAAAAAUCAAUAGAGCGCGACAUGUCCGGCUCAGUGACUCUCUACCCCGAAGAGCCUGAAGAUAUGUGGCACGCCUUCAACCUCAUCCGCCCAAACGAUACGGUAAGAGCCCCUGCUGUCCGCCGCAUAACUACGGAGUCCCGCACCGGUUCGACAAACAGCCAACGCGUGCACACGACCCUUACCAUAUCCGUGCGAAAAAUCGACUUCGAUGCUCAGGGCGGACAGUUACAUAUCAACGGGCAGGUGACGGAGGAGAAUAAGGUUGUUAGCGUUGGCAUGUUUCACACAUUGGACUUGGAGCUGCACCGGAACUUCACACUUAUCAAGAGCGAGUGGGACUCCGUUACGCUAGGGGUUGUCAAGGAGGCGUGCAAUGCCGGGGACAGGGCGGAGAUUGGAGCUGUCGUUUUGCAGGAAGGCUUUGCGAAUGUUUGCUUCAUUACGGAGUAUAUGACUAUUUUACGACAAAGAAUUGAGGUUCCGGUUCCGAGGAAGAGGGUGGGAUCAACGACCGGUUAUGAAAAGGCGGUCUACCAAUCCAUCAUCCGACACUUCGACUUCAGCGCCCUAAAGGUCAUCCUCCUCGCCUCCCCGGGUUUCGUAGCCGACGGCCUAAAAGACUACAUUUUUCUAACCGCCCUGCAAUCUGAUUACAAACCCAUCCUCCAUUCAAAAAAGAAAUUCGUUACAGUCCAUUGCUCAACAGGCCAUAUCCACUCACUCAAUGAAGUAUUAAAGUCACCAGAGGUCUCCGCGACACUCGCAGAUACCAAAUUUGCUAAGGAGACGAAGGCGAUGGAAGCUUUCUUCGAGAUGAUGGUGAAAGACGAGUUUCGAGCGUGGUACGGACCGAAGGAGGUUGAGAGAGCAGUAGAUAAAGGGGCUGUAGGAACCCUUCUGGUCAGCAAUAGUCUGUUUAGGAGUAAUAACGUCUCCGAAAGGAGGAAGUACGUACGGAUGGUGGAGGAUGUUAAAAAGAGUGGGGGUACAUCGUUGGUGUUGAGCAGUAUUCAUGAAAGUGGAAUAAGACUCGACGGGCUCGGUGGGAUAGCUGCAAUCUUAACAUUUCCAUUGCACGAUCUCGAUGAAAGUGACGAAGAAGAGGGGGAGGAAGGGGAAGGCGAGAAGGGGAAAUCGGCGGAAAAGGUAGUAGCAUAGAAGAUGUUUAUGAUAGUGUCAUGCCCG